UUCCUAAAGCAGAGCUUGAUUUUUCAACUUUUGAAGAAGCUCAUGCAUUCAUAGAAAACUAUGCUGCACAGACCAAUAUCAUUGUAAUUUUGGCAAAAACAACCAAAAAUAAAGAUGGUAGCGGCUAUAGACAAGCUUUUUUUGCUUGUAAAAAACAGGUGCAGUAUAAUGGUAAAAAAAAAGAUGCAUAUACCACUAAGCGGACAGAUUCUAGAAAGUUUAGCAACAACAUGUGUAAAUUUAGUCUGAAUAAACUAGGCAUAAUUGGAGAGCUUCAUGAUAAUGGACUUCGAAUAAAAGACAUAUAUGCAGUUUUAGCUUCUAUUGGCUCAAAGUAUGUACAUAAACAUAACAUCUAUAAUGCUAUUAGUCAUCAAUACCAACAAAAGUUGCAAGGGUUAAAUGAAAUCGAGUUGUUGCUCAAGACUUUGCAAAAUAAUGAAAACAUUAUAUCGAGCAUAGCAACUCAACCUGCAUAUAAUGACGAAUGUGAUCAAGAUG